GAAUUUGAUUGCUUUAAAAGAAAAGAUAUUAAUAGGAAAUCGUAAUAUCUUUAAUUCUAAGGAGAACUAAUACAAAUUUUACUUUGAAAAAAUUUUCAGAGAGUAUAAAUAGUUUAUGAAGAAAAAGAAUUCAAGAUAGAAUUCAUUAUAAAUUAAUAGCAGGUCAAGAAUUAUGAGUCACAAGAGCUUUACUAGCUCUUCUACUCCUGGAGGAAAUCUAAAUUAGAAUGGUUAAAUAGAUAAAUUAUAAACAUAAAAUUCAGCUGAAUUUGCAUCAAGAUCUCCAUCAGAAAAGAAAUAGAAAUAAAAUAGUAUCAAUGCAAAUGCUUCAGCUAGUCUUUCUUAAGAAAAUUAAUUUAGUUUGAUUAAUAUCAACUAGGUGCAUACAUAUACUGUCGGAAGAUGCGGUUAUUGCUAGGAUACAAAAUGGAUGACUAGUGGAUUUGAUUGCGCUUAAAUGUCUUUGAAAAAUUAUUAGCUUCUAAUGGAUAGAGGAUGGCGUAGAUGUGGUACUUAUUACUACAAACCUCACGUUGAUUAAUGUUGUUGUAGAACUUUUUCAAUUCGUCUUGAUGCCGCAGAAUAUAAACUAGGGAGUUCUUAAAAGAAGGUCUUAAGAAAAUUUGAAAGAAUGUUAAAUAAGUAAGAUGAAAAAGUAGAUAUCUAUAAGAAAUAGUUAGGAGAAGUUAAUUAAGAAAAUUAAAUCGAUUAAUAAAUUUAAUAAUCGUCAAAUUUACUUAAUAUGUAUGGUGAGUAUGAUAUAGACGAUGACGAUGAUGAUGAAGACGAUGAAGAAGAUGAAGUGCAUCUAUAAAAUCCCCAUCGUUCUUCUUCAUCUACAGCAUCUUUAGCUUAAUAAGCACAUCAAUUUUAAGCAACUUCAUAGAACAACACAAAAAACUCAUUAAAUUCUAAUAGUUCCUCUCUUAUUAGAGAUCCCUGCAAUUUAACUUAGAGCUCUUCUCUUAAUUUAUCUAGCUCCACAAAUGAAAACUAAUUAUAACAAGUAAAAGUAUAAAAAUCUUAGAGUACACUCAACUAGAAAGAAUAACAAAAAGGAGAUGGAAAAUUUGAGAGCUUACUGAUUUCUACUGAUUAGAGAGGAGGUCAACAGAAUGAUCUCUCGUGUAUGGAUUAAGAGAUUAUGAAUGAGAUAAAAGAGAGAUCUUGGGCUGUUUUAAGACUUUGUCUGAAUAAUAUAAAAAAUAAUUUACAUUAGUUUUUAGAUGCUUUAGGAAUACCUUUAAACGAGAAAACCAAGAAUUUAAUACUUGAUGAUAGAAUAAUGGAAUAGAGCAGGUUAUACUAAAAUAGAAAUAUGAUUAAGCAUGGAACUCAUUCAACUAAUUUCUUAAUUACAUUUUAUAGGCUCAAUUAGAAUGCCUGGGGAGACAUUUUUACAACAAAAGAGAAAUUUUUUGCCAAAUCCUUUACUUAUUUUGAAACAGCUUUUGACUGUGCAAAUCAAGAGCUCGUAAAGAAGAAUAUAAAGUUUAAGCUUAGGACUUGUGGGGAAAUAAAUGUUCAUUAUACCAAAAGAAGUUUUCUAAAAAGAGUAUCAGAAUUCAAUAUACUAAAGAAUAACAACAAAAAAAGUAUGCUGAGAGGAAAUAUAUCUUCGACUAAUAAUUUAGCACCAUAGAAUCAAAUAGCUAAAAAAAAAAAGGAUCCUUCCCUCAUCAUACCUGCAAGAAGAAAGAAUUUUUAUAGAAUUAUAGUGAAGGCUGAAUUCGAUGAUGAAAGUUUUGAGUUAUAUAAGAGAUACAAUAAAAUUAUUCAUAACAAUAUGAAAACCUCAAAAGAGAGCUAUAAAAACUUUCUCUGUUUAAAUGGUCUUCGUAGUAGUAGUAUAGAAAAUGGUAAAGGAAAAUAAUUACAUUUCGGAUGCUACCAUUUCAAGUAUUAUCUUGAUGAUGUGCUUAUAGCAGUUAGUGUUGUAGAUAUCCUUCCAGAUGGUCUUUCUAAUGUUUAUUAUUUUUAUGAACCUGAUCUUAAAAAGUAUAGCUUGGGAGUUAUAGGAAACUUGAGAGAUAUAGAAUAUAUUAAAGAAUAUAAUUUUUAUUUCCCAAAUUUCCGUUACUACUACUUAGGUUAUUAUAUUCAUAAUAAUUCUAAAAUGUCCUACAAGGCUUCAUAUAAACCAUUCUAGCUUCUUUGUCCAAUUACAUACAGGUGGGUUGUUUUUGAUAAAGUUACAUAAGAUUCAAUUCAUGAGGGAGAAAGCCCAAUCCUGUCUAGAGAAAAAAUAAUUGAAGAUAUGGAUUUUUCAGGUGCAGACAUCGAAAAAUACGUGCAAUAAAAAGUGAAACUCUAUAUCUCUGGUCGUUAUAUUAAAAUAAACUAAAUUAAGUAGAGUUUUAUGACUUACUUUUAAUAUUUACUAUCUAAAUUAGUUACACUGCUUGGUAGAUAACUUUCUGAAUCUUUAGUAUUUGGACAGCAGUGAUAAUCUAAAUUUGACCUUAAUUAUAAAUUAUGCUUGUCAAUAUUCCUAUAAAAACAAAUAACUUUUAUAUAGACUUUAUAUACUAACUUUUCUUUAACUUUAAGGUAAAAAUUAAAUCGAAAUUUGAUUUUACUAUAAAUUAAACAAUAUUUAUUUCUUUAAUAGCUUCUCUUCUUUAAAAUAUUUAAAAAAUAUAUAAUUUUAUGAUUAUGUUUUAAUUUUCUAAUUAAAAAAUUGUAUAUUUUACUUAAUAAAAAUGAUUAUAUUUAUUUUUUCAUUUACUUUUUUCUUUAUUAUUU